UUUGAGCCUAAAUAGAAACGAACAAAAUGAGUUCGAUAUGAAAUCAACCAGAGAUGGGCGAGUACUUUAGUAUUUUAGAUAUUUUGAAAUGUGAUGCAGAAAGCAGAGACCAGUUUUAUGUCGGUUCGAUGGAGUUUGUUUUGCGCUACAAACUAUAUAAAAUACUGCAUCUUUUUAUGCUUCGAUCGAGAGAAAUUUAAUGUUAAAGGAAAUACUCGAAGCUCCGAGUAUUAAAAUACUAAAGUACUCGCCCAUCUCUGGUUGAUUUCAUAUCGAACUCAUUUUGUUCGUUUCUAUUUAGGCUCAAAUGCCUGAUCCUAAAACGUAUCGUCAACACUUUGAAAAUAAACAUCCAAAAAAUGAUUUACCUGACGAAUUAAAAGAAGUUGAAGUUUAA